AUGAGAAUGGCUAUACUGUGUGCAGCUGUUCCUGCUUCUGCUGGUGUCGAUGGUAUUCUGAUUUAUGGUAUCUGGCAUAUGCAAGACAUCGGUGGUCUGAAAAGUUGGCAAUGGACAUUUUUACUCGAGGGUUUACCGAUCAUUCCUCUCGGCAUUCUUGUCUAUAUUCUUCUUGACAAAAUACCAAAUGCUAGUCAGUGUAAGAGUUUAAAGAAGAAUAAAAAAUAUUCAAGAUACUUUUCGAAAAUUAAGGGUGUGGGUG